AUGCAGAAAUCAACCAAGUCAAGGAAACCUCAAGGGCCAACAGAUUUUCCCCCAGAGGAGGCCCAAGAUGAUGGCAACCUGCCAGAAGCUACGGGUGAGCACAGCACGGAAGCACAAAGUCUCUCAGAGCUCUCAACUUUAUUAAAAGGCCUGAUGCAACAGCAUGCUGACCGUGAGGCAAAAUGGGAGCAGGACAGACAACGCCAGGAUGAACGGUGGCAUAGAAUGCAACACCAGUUCAGCCAACUGCAGCAGGAGUUCCAGUCGGAGCGCCGGGAGCAUCAGAUGCUGUGGGAAGGUGCAGUAGCUGAUUCCGGAGUGCCUCUGAGUUCCUCAGUGCGGAAAAAGGUGCAGCAACCUGUUCAACAGCGAGGAAAACCCCCUGAAUCUUCCGCACCACCACAGUCAUCCAAUCUGGGCAGAGUAAGCGGUUGGAAAGGCCCGAAGAUGCAGCCCUAUGGUGAGGAUGAAGAUAUUGAACAUUAUUUAACCACUUUUGAGAGGAUUGCAACAGGAUGUCAGUGGCCACAAGAAGAAUGGGCACUGCAUCUGGCUCCACUUCUUAGUGGUAAAGCACGUGCGGCAUAUGUUGCUAUGGACACUGAAGAGACAAUGGACUAUGAUAAGGUAAAAACCGCCGUUCUUGAAAAAUUUGAAAUAAGUGCUGAGACUUACCGAACCAGAUUCCGCAACAUGACGGUGAAGGACGAUGAGACACCCAAAGAGCUGCGAACUCGCCUUAAAGACCUAUAUGAAAAGUGGAUGCUUCCAAAGGAGAAGACGAAGGACCAAAUAGGAGAUGUCAUAGUGAUGGAACAGUUUCUCAGAGUUCUUAACCCAGAGCUGAGGACCUGGGUGAAAGAGCGCAACCCCACCACUUCAAAAGAAGCUGCAGAGAUGGCAGAGGCUUUUCUUGCAGCCCGACGCCCACAAAAAGGGUAUAUGUUAGGAAAACCCAGUUCAGCCAAUGUUUUUGUGGGUAGGUCAGGGGGUGGGAAUGGGUACAAAGCUAAAAGCCCUAAACAAAGUUCCCCAAUCACUAGCAGUAGCCGCGCUAGAGAAGUAAAGCAGAGAGGCCCGUUGGUGUGUCAUGCCUGUGGUCAAGCAGGUCACUUUAAGGCAGAUUGCCCAGGUCAGCAAGUCAGUAAGACUUACAUGUGUCUUUCACCACAGUGUUUUGACUUGCUAGAGGAAGAAACAGAGUCUCUAGCACCCUCCAGUGAUCAGGAGCACACCAUCUGUGUUUUCAUUGAGGGAAAACCUUGUGUUGCCCUCUUGGAUUCAGGCAGUAGCCGCACACUUGUCAGGCAAGAUUGUCUCCCUAGCGACACCACAUUUUGUGGUAAAGUUAAAGUCUGGUGUGUUCAUGGUGAUAAUGUUGAUUAUCCUAUUGCCAAUGUUUGCCUUCAAGUUAAUGAAAAAGAGUACGUACUUACAGUUGGAGUAAUGGAUAAACUUCCCUACCAGAUUGUGUUGGGCCGGGACAUGCCAAUUCUUGGGGAGUUAUUAGCAAAGACAGAGAAAGACAGAGAAGAGAAGAAUCUGCAUGUUGCAUGUGAAGGUCUGCUAGUAGUCACUAGGUCUGGUAAUAAAGCUUGUCAGUCAGAGCCAGGUUUGAGUGAGUUGCCCUAUGCAGACAGUGAAAUUCCAGAUAUUGACAGACUAAGUAGGCCGCAUAUAAAGAAAAGUAAAAUGCAGAGAAGACAGGAAAAAGUGAGGGGGACAGAAAUUGCUGAGUCACUUCCUGAACCAGAGAUCGAUGAGCUCCUGGUUGUCCCGAGCAAUAUGCCUGACUAG